ACAAGGAAGUGAAGUAAGACUUAUUAAAUAAAACACAAUUAAAACUUCGACAUUGAAUAACAAUUUUGUUUGCGGCGAGAAGAAUAUUAAUAGUUACAAUCAAUUCAUUCAUUCAUUAAAACAUUCAUUCGUGAGGUACUAAGAUCCUUCCUUUUGUUUGCUAAGCUUCCGCAAGCGUAAUCUCUCUCUCGCCCUCCAACUUCAUACAGAUCCAGCAUCAACAAUACAAGCACUACUAAUAUCUUUUUUUAAUUCCAGUAUCAACCCCUCGCCUGCAACAUGGCGCUCAUACAGACUGCGUUUAUAUGGGUUGCCUAUGCUGUUGCUGUAGGCACUGUUGCUCUCAUAGCUGCUAUUUUUGCCUAUACAUAUCAGACACCACGCGAUCGAUCAGCUCUGGUCUCUACAAUUACCAUCAUCACCUUGACCUCCUUAUUGGCAACAGUGUUACUCCUUCCUGUUGAUAUUGCCCUUGUUAGCUCUACGACAUCCUCGAAGCUCGGCGCAAAGAAAGACUGGGCCACUCCCGAGACUGUUCACAACAUUCUCCUGACUCUCAAAAUCGUUUACUAUGCAUUGUACAGCUUGGAUGCCGUCUUAUGCCUUCUUGUCAUUCCAUUUACCUAUUUCUUCUAUGAGGAAUACGAUGAGGUCGACACCGAAGAAGGCACACAGACACUUGGCCAGCGACUCCUAGGUGCUGCAAAAUACACAUUGGUUUUUGUCGUUCUUGUCGUAAUCUUAUUCCUGGUUGGAUUCUUUGCGCCUGUCGCAAGAGGCGGUGGAUCUGAUAUGGAUCUGGACUAUUUCAAACGUUUGCUAGCUGAAAACCACGGGGAGCGCGCCUUAACUUUCGCGUUGGGCCUAUUGAUUUCCUUGGGCACGCUGUUGUACAUCCUUUACACAUCUGUUGGAUUGGCAUUAUUACCCAUGUCUUUCAUCAAAUCUGCACCUUCAAUCAGUGCACCACAGCUUUCAGAAACAACAGCAUCGGCUUUAGAGCAAAACAGGGAACGUCAACGUCAACUCGAAGGACGAAACGUCGGAAGGAAUGCAGGAUUGUCGGCUAAAGACCAGCGAGAAUUGGAAGCAUUACAUCGCGAAGAACGUACUUUGGUUCGACGCGAACGUCUGGCCGCGGAGGCUCGUGGGGAGGGGAAGAGCUUCAUUGUGAGAGCAUGGACCAAGACUUGCGCAAUCUUCAGACCUCUCAAACUCGUGGGAGGAAUACUACUCCUGCUCCUCUCUGUUAUUAUAUGGGUUUCCAUGCUCAUUACCGGAAUUGAUAAGGCGAAGAACUCAUUCUGUAAACAACAUUGCGGUUAUAUCUUAGGAAGGUAAGACAUGCGUUGCCUGUCAUUCUCUUUUUUUUUCUUUCUUUCUUUGGCUAAUUCACAAUCUAGUAUCAAUAUCUUCCAGCCCAUCAAUUGGGUUUUCGUCAAAUCUUCUACCGUCUUCCCAAUUGACUAUGUCUUGAUGGCACUCUUAGUCCUGUUCCUCUUUAGCAGUUCAGUGACAGGUAUUGCUGUGAUCGGUCUUCGAUUCUUGUGGGUAAGGCUUUUUGAGAUACGAAAAGGUCACACCUCUCCUCAAGCUCUUCUCAUGGCAACUGUCAUGUUGACCUUGAUCAUUCUUGCAAUAAAUUACUCGAUUGCUAUGAUCAUUGCACCACAAUAUGCUAUCUAUGGCGCCCAAACCUUCUGCACCAAUCCUACUAGAUUUCCCGGCGACCAGCCAGACUGCAGCAAUCACCCAGAAUUGAUCAAGACUUGCAGUGAGCUAUCUUCAGGCGAAGGCGCUGAAAAGGUCUGCACUCCUACAGUUGUCUCUACUUUCCUCAACAGAGUUACCGUCAACUUCCCCUUCUUCGGUGCUCUCGCAUUUUGGGCUCAGUUUGUUUUCCUCGCAGUCUUCCUGAUUGUCUUCGUCACUGCGCUGUUCCGAACUCCUAAGUUGGAUCUCAGCGAGCUGGAUGAAGAUGCUGAGGCGGAUGAGGAAGAAGGCCUUCUUGCUACUACUGGCAGAAGAUUCGGUGUGACAUGGCAAGAUAUCCGUGGUAAAGCCAAAAACCAGACUCCUAGCAGGGGUGCCGCUGGCCGAGGGAUCCGUGGUGAUGAUGAUCACGAUGAUGAUUAAUCGCCUAUCACUAUCUAUCUCAAGCCUUUCUCUAUGAAAUUGCCAUUUUCUUUUGUUGGUGGUCGGAUGUGGUUGGAUCUGGAUGGUAUUGGAAACAAGUAUGGCGUUGAUUUGAGAAGCUGCAUUUUGUACAGCAUACCCGGACUUGGUUUAAGGAUUUCCUUUUUUCUUUUGCAUUGGAAUAUAUGAAUAUGGUUACCAGCGGAAAAACUUGUCACUAUGGAGACUAGCGGAGUGGCAAUCAAUACUGCCUGUGACUAUCGUCGGGGCGAUAUGGUAGGAGAGAACAAAGUGUGUAUCAUCAUUGUAGUCAUUUUGAAAGCCAGAAUGUAAACAGCGAAAUAUCA